UUUCCACACAGCUUAACUCUCCUCUAUAUAAACUCUCUCAGCACUACAAAUCAAACAUCUUCUCUCUCACCUUAUCUCCUAAUUAAAAAAAAAAAGACAAUGUUGACGCAAUUUGUCCCCUCCCCUAAUAACAAAACCCCUUCUAUAGUCUUUCAAUCUUCUUCUUCUUCCUCAAGCCGAUCUUUACCUUUAAUAAAAUCUCUUUCGGUUCUCCAGAAAAGUAAACGGAUCCGAUGUGCGUCAGAGGCGGUGGACACCAAGCAGGUGGCGGCAAUGAGCGCCACACCGGAGGCAGUGGAGGAGCAGCAGGUGGCACUGAGCGCGACGAAAGGCGACACGACGACGGUGAAGGCGGAGGUGAACGUAAAGAUGUCAACAAAUAUAAGCUUGACUCGGGGGCUUGAUGAUAUUGGAGAUUUGCUUGGGAGGAGUGUACUGCUUGAGCUUGUUAGUGCCGAGCUUGACCAGGAGACGGGCGAUGAAAAAGAGACAAUAGGAGCCUAUGCUCACAAGAAGAAGAGCCAAAACAAAGGUGAGGUGAAGUAUGAGGGUGAAUUCUCGGUUCCUAAAGAUUUUGGUGAAAUUGGAGCAAUUUUGGUUGAGAAUGCGCAUCACAAAGAAAUGUAUAUCAAAGACAUAAUUUUAAUGACCGGGGAUGAGACCACUGCUCUUUAUUUUGACUGCCGAUCGUGGGUUCACUCCAAGUUUGAUAACCCGGAGAAGAGAAUUUUCUUCACUACUAAGCAGAUGUACUUACCGUCAGAAACACCCAGCGGCCUUCAGAAGCGGAGGACAAAGGAACUGGAGACCCUGCGCGGGGAUGGGACCGGCGAGCGAAAGUGCUUUGAGAGGAUAUACGAUUACGAUACGUACAAUGAUCUCGGCGAUCCCAACGUUGAGGGGAGAGCGAGGCCGGUCGUCGGUGGCUCUAAGCAGUUGCCUUACCCUAGGCGAUGUCGGACGGGACGGCCUAAAACUAAGAAAGAUCCGCUGUCAGAGGAAAGGAAGAGCAACGUAUACGUCCCAAGAGACGAAGCCUUCUCAGAAGUGAAGCAAAAGACCUUCUCAGCGAAGACUCUUCGUUCGGCGUUUCACGCCCUAGUUCCCUCCAUUAGAUUGUCGAUCACCGACAAAAAGAUUGGUUUCUCAAAAUUCAAUGCCAUUGAUAAGCUCUUUAUGGAGGGUUUGCCUCUCUCAACUGAAGAGGGAGUGGGCGACCUCUUCCAUGCAAUCAUGCCUAGGCUUGUGAAGACUAUUGCUCAAGGUGCUGAAGAUGUACUUAGAUUUGAGACGCCGGCAAUGAUACAUAGAGAUAAGUUCUCUUGGUUCAGAGAUGAAGAGUUCGCACGGCAAACUCUGGCUGGCCUUAAUCCCCUUAGCAUUCAGUUGGUUACCGAAUUACCAUUUUUCAGCGAGUUGGAUCCUGAGAUCUAUGGUCCUGCAGAGUCUGCAUUGACUGAGCAAAUAAUCGAACGACAAAUUAAAGGAGAUAUGACUGUGAAAGAGGCGUUGGAGCAGAAGAAACUUUUCGUGCUGGAUUACCAUGAUUUGCUCUUACCCUUCGUUCACAAGGUCAGGGAGUUAGAAGAUACAACACUGUACGGAUCUCGCACGGUGUUCUUUCUAACUCCUGAAGGAACGCUGAGGCCUGUAGCCAUUGAACUUACAAGGCCAAAGUCGCCGACAAAGCCUCAGUGGAAGCGCGUUUUUACGCACUCUUGGGAUUCUACCGGGACUUGGCUGUGGAGGCAUGCUAAGGCUCAUGUUUGUGCUCAUGAUGCUGGGUUUCACCAACUUUAUAGUCACUGGUUACGGACGCAUUGUAGUACAGAGCCAUACGUAAUAGCAUUGAACCGUCAGCUGAGCGUGAUGCACCCAAUCUACCAGCUACUGCACCCACAUUUCCGAUACACGCUUGAGAUCAAUGCCCUUGCACGUGAGUACCUCAUCAGCCAUGGCGGCAUAAUUGAGACCAGCUUCUCUCCUGGUAAAUACGCCAUGGAGCUAUGCUCUGUUGCAUAUGGUAAGCUGUGGCGAUUUGAUAUGGAAGGAUUGCCAGCUGAUCUACUCAGAAGGGGAAUGGCAGUGGAAGACCCAUCAGCGGAGCACGGCCUCCGAUUAACAAUCGAAGACUACCCCUACGCCAACGACGGCCUCCUCAUUUGGUCCUCCAUCAAAAAAUGGGUCUCCGACUACGUCACCCGCUUCUACCCUACAGAAGCCCAAAUCCAACAAGACUCCGAGCUCCAACAAUGGUGGACCGAGAUCAGAUCCCUCGGCCACGCCGACAAGCAACACGAGCCGUGGUGGCCAACACUGAACUCUCACUCUUCCCUCAUUGAAGCUCUAUCCACCAUCAUCUGGGUCACGUCUGGUCAUCAUGCUGCUGUUAAUUUUGGACAGUAUCAUUUUUCUGGGUAUUUUCCAAAUCGACCCACCGUCACUAGGUUGAAUAUGCCCGUUGAGGAUCUGCAGAGCGAAGAAUAUGAGAAAUUUCUCCAGAAGCCUGAAGCUACGCUGUUACGUUGCUUUCCUUCGCAGGUACAAGCAAACCCUCGGGUUCAGGCGACCGUUGUCAUGUCCAUUUUAGACGUUCUUUCGAACCACUCGCCGGACGAGGAGUAUCUCGGAGAGACUGCGGAGCCGGCGUGGGCGAGGGACGAGGAGAUAAACGCGGCGUUCGAGAGGUUUCAUGGGAGGAUGAAGGAGAUAGAGGGGAUUAUUGACGGCAGGAAUAAGGAUCCUGAGCUUAAAAAUAGAUGUGGGGCUGGGAUUUGUCCAUACGAGCUUUUGAAACCAUUUUCGGAGCCUGGAGUUACUGGAAAAGGAGUUCCAAAGAGUAUCACUAUUUAAAUUUUUGUAGGUCUAUGAAUUGAAUAUGAAGGAAUUGUGUCCUUUAAUCGAAUGUGCAAUUACUAAUUAUGAAAUGGGACAUUUAAUGGAGAUUUACAAUCCGGUUA